AUGGCCACAAACGGAACACCAAACGGCUCUUCCAGCCAGGUGCUCAGCACACUGCCUGCCCCGGACCACAACUGGCAGGUUACUCUGUCCGGCAAGGUCAUCGCCAUCACCGGCGCAAACCAGGGCAUCGGCCUGGGCCUCGCCGAAGUCUGCCUCGCCAACAACGCCGCACACGUCUACUCCCUCGACAUCUCUACCCCCGGCGACCCGUUUAAUGAACUCGCAACCAAGAACCCCAAGAAAUUCUCCUACAUCCAGACCGACGUGACGUCCGAAGAAUCGGUCACAGCAGCCCUCGACCGCAUCGUCUCGGAACAGGGCCGCUUCGAUGGGAUGAUCGCCAACGCGGGCGCCACAAAGCACCAGCCCGCGCUGGACUUUACCAUGGACCAGGUCAAGAAGCUGUUUGAGCUGAAUGUGUUCGGGGCAUGGACGUGUGCGACUGCCGCGGCGCGCGCGAUGAUCAAACUCGGGACCAAGGGCUCCAUCGUGUUUACGGCGAGUAUGACGAGUUACAGGCCGAACCGGGCCGCGCCCAGUGCGCCGUAUGGAGGGACCAAGGCGGCGGUCCGGAACAUGACGCAUACGCUGGCGAUGGAGUGGGCGCAGCAUGGGAUCCGGGUGAAUAGUAUUAGCCCUGGGUUUGUGAAAACUGCAUUGACGUACUAUGUGGAGACGAGUCCGGACUGGGAUACCAAGAUGAAGUACUACGGGGGGAUGCCCCGGUUGGCGCUGCCGCAGGAGCUGGGGGGUGCGUAUGUCUAUCUGCUCAGUGACACCGCGACAUACACGACGGGGAUUGAUAUCCCGAUUGCGGGGAUUGUUGGGGCGUGGUAG